GUGACCCUGAACAACGGGGUGGUUAUGCCGCUGGUGGGAUUUGGGACUGCGGGGCUGGGGGCAGCGACAGAGGAGGCGACUGCAUGGGCACUGGCCAGCGGAUACCGCCUGCUGGACUCUGCACAGGCGCAGGAGUGGUACAGGGAGGAUCUUGUGGGGCUGGCGGUGCUGAAGUCAAGGGUGCCCCGAGAGCAGGUCUUCCUCACCUCCAAGCUGCACCCCAGGCAUCAUGGGCGCGAGGAGGCGAUGAUCCAGUUCACAAAAUCACUGAGCGCUUUAGCAGUGGAGCAAGUAGAUCUCUUUUUACUGCAUUACCCCGAGUGCUGGCCGGGAUUAUGUGGCGAGGGGUUUACGCCGAAGGGCACCUGGCACGACAGCUGGCGCGCCCUGGAAGACCUCGUCGACAAGGGGCUCGUGCGAGCCAUCGGCGUGUCCAACUUUGGCAUCGAUGAGCUGGCGGAGCUGUUAGCGAUGGCGCGCAUCAAGCCGGCCCUCGUGCAGCGCCACUCCGACCCGCUGGCCGCCGAUGCCGAGGUCCGCGCAUUCUGCCGCCUCGCUGGCAUCCAGUACCAGGGAUACAGCACGCUGGGGUCGCAGUGGCUGAUGCGCGGCAUGGAUGAGAAUCCGGUGCUGACCAACCCCGUCGUAGACCGCGUCGCCAACGAGACCGGCCGAGACGCCGCGCAGGUCGUACUGCGCUGGGCGCUGCAGCACGGCCAGGGAAUAGUGCCACGCUCAUCAAAAAAGGAGCGCAUAGCAGCCAACCGUGACUUGGACUUUGUGCUGUCGGCGGAUCAGAUGCAUCGCAUCGACUUUCUGGAUGGCAGCCUGCUGCACACUGUGUGA